UAUAGAUCAGUGGGUACGUAACAUUUGAAAUUAAUUAUAAUGACGUCAUAUUCGCGGGGGGAAAAUCUCGGCCUAGUCCCUGGAUAUAGAGCGCUCGGUUACGUUAAUUGCAAAAUUUUUUCCAAGCUGAACGACGCCGUCAAAAAGCUUCGAAAUUUGUUGAAAAUUCUCCUGGAAUUAAUGCGUAAAAUUUGAUGAAAUUACGGCUGCGGUAUAGCCAGGUGUCGUUUCGUCAAGGGAGCUUCUUGGAUUUCACGUAGCGGAAAAUUUUGAUGCUAAAAAGUAAUGGAAAAAAGCGAAGGUCUCUUUGCAUGUUCCAAGUGUCAUGGGAGAUUCGCUUUCGAGGAAUUAAGCCGAAGUGAGCAUUUAUGCAAGGAUUGUCGGCAUGCCCAUCCGACAGCUUGCUGUAUCUACUGUCGCCUGGAAUUUCACAUGACCAGAAAACAUGAGAAAAGCCCAGUAUGCCCAAAAUGUGAUAGCUCUUUAGCAAUUCAUGGACAGCCUAAAUGUUGCCAGUAUUGCAAUUUGAGAGCUGCAUUUGGAGGACCACAGUGUAACAGAUGUAAAAGUUCUGUGAAGAAAUAUGGCCCUCCUGUUCCUUGUGAGCAAUGUAAACUAACCUGUGCAUUCAACAAACCUGAAGAUGUUUUAAAAAGGGUAAAUGGCAAACUGUUAUGCCUCCUUUGUACAAUAUCAUUCAAAAGAUUACAACAUCGACAGAAGAAAGCAACCAAGCGUAAACAUGCAAAUACAGACUCAUCCGACAAGGCAAAAAAUGGUGCAAAAGAGGCAAAGGUGUCGAAGAAAGUAUCAAGCUCUGAUGAACGCACCACUCCUGUUAGUGAUAAUCCACUGAAGCAAUUUUACACUUCACAACCAAGUGAAUCUGCAAAAGUUACAGAUCAAGUUGCAAGUGACCAUGUUACAGAAUUAACAAAACUUCGUGAAGAGUUAGCUGGAAUGAAACGAAAGCUGCAGCAGAAGGAACAAAUGUUAAUUGAAAAGGAGAAACAACUAACUGAGUUAAAGGCAGAGCGUUGGGAGAAGGAUAAAGAUCAAAGACAAAAAAUCAGUGCUAUUCAAAAGGAAAGCAUGGAAAGAUUGAAACUCAUACAGGAAGAAAAUCGCAACCUUAAGAAACAGAUUUCACAGUUGUCCAAAGGCUCAGCUAAGACAGGCAGCUCUUAAAGGAUCAUUAUUCAUAUCACUUUUCUAAAUCUAACUACUGCACAUAAUUUUCUACCUACUGUACACUGUAUGUCCAAGAAGCUGCCAUCUUUUCUGUGAUUAUUACGGUUCAAGUUAACAUUAAAAAACAGGCAGCAGUGACGUAAGUAGAAACAAUGCGUAGUUGUAAAUUAUACAACUAAACCUUGGCCACAAGCCCCUUAAAAGUAUAUUUUGUGAAGGAACAAUAUUGUCCGGAAUCAAUAAAAUAAUGCUCAUGAUGAUUCAAUGACCCUUUGUUGACCUCAGGAAUGUUUCCAUAAGAAAGCUAUAUAAAAACUAUACAUACAUAUAUUUAAUGUUACAUGACUAUAGUUUUAACACUUGUACAAUAAGAUGCCG